GUUCAAAAAAUAAAAUUUUCAAAUAUCUAUUUGUUUUUCUGGAUAAAAUUCCUUCAGAUCAAUAAUCAAAAUGUCAAGUGCUCAACAAGCCGGUGAGUCCCACGGCCAAGCUCAGGCCAAGACAGAGCAAAUGGCAGAUUCAGCCAAGAGUACAGCACAUUCAAUGGUGGACAAGGCUGAAAAUGCUACCCAAAGUGCUCAUGAAUCAGCUCAACAAAACAAAGACCAGAAUCCUGGCUUCCUUCAGCAGACCGGAGAGCAAAUGAUCCACAUGGCUCAAGGUGCAGUUGAUGGAGUGAAGAACACUCUUGGAAUUGGAUCAGACAAAAAGUGAAAAGAGAGAACUGAAGUCUGAAACAUCAUUUUUCAUUUCUUUUAAGUGUUUCCUAUGCUUUUAUUAGGCACAAGUGAAAUCAUUGGUAAUUUGUGAUUUAUUUUUGGUUAGGGUUUCGAAUUCCACGCACCUCAUUGGUAUUAGUGAAGUUGUUUUAUUGAUUGAGAUUUCUCUCAUUAGAGUUCUCGUCAUCGCCAUUGAAUAAGAAAGUUUCUUUAGUUUAGCAAA